GAUCACUUGUGAAGUUCAAUUCCUAUCGCCUCUUCCUUGACUUUGAACCUCUCCCUCUCCUCCUCCUCCUCCUCCUUCCUUCCUUCCUUCGCUGCAACAGGCAAAUUUUGUUGGAGAAGGGAAGAAGAUGGCUGCAGAUGUCAGCUCCACGGUUGGGUAUAUGAGCGGGUUCAACAAGGAGGAGAGCAAGCACGUCAGAGGAGGAGGAGGAGGAGGAGGAGGAGGAAACGAGAAGCCGACGGCUCCCGUCACGCGCGACUUGCUCGGUGGGCUCCACGAGAUUGAGUCCCACGAGCUCGACCUCGACUUGCAGGUCCCCGCGGGCUGGGAAAAGCGUCUCGAUUUGAAGUCAGGAAAAAUCUACAUUCAAAGGUGCAACUCGCUGAGUUCAUCGUCUUCGUCCGAUCACAAGCGCCAAGCCGAGCAAACUCUCACCAAGCUCCAAGACUUGAACUUCCCUCCCUCACCAUCAAAACCCUUGCUGAACCUCUUUGAUGACGCUUGCUUAGACUUGAAGCUGAUGUCGCCGUCUCCGUCGCUGCCUUCGUCCUGCAGCUACCAGAGCGUGUGCACUCUUGACAAAGUAAAGUCUGCGCUAGAGAAAGCAGAGCGAGAACCAAUCAAGAAGAGCUCGCCGGCCUUUUGGAGAUCGCCGUCCUCGUCAUCGUUAUCGCCUUCUAAUUCGUCCUCAUCAUCUUCGAUCAGAGAAAAGCACCGAGAGGCAAACGACGAGAAGGUGUCGCCAGCCACAGUGGCUGCAGGAUGCCCGAGUUGCUUGCUCUACGUGUUAAUCUCGACAGGCAAUCCAAAGUGCCCGAGAUGCGAUAUGAUGGUACCAUUGCCGAGCUUAAAGAGACCUAGGAUCGAUCUCAACAUGUCAAUGUGAGGAGGAUCGUAUUUCAAUCUGUAAAUGAUGGACGAGAUGGGUCCUUUUUAGAUAUAUUUAGUGGGAGGUUUUAGUGCAAUAUGGCGCCUGUAAAUUUAGCCUUCGAGCAUAUGCUCUGCUUAGUCUGGAUGAUAGGAUUUCAUAAUAGAGCAAGUGUUUAUUCGGACU